AUGCGUUCUCCCACAAGGCGUCGCCCGCGCCGGAAUCACGGUCGCACCUUUUAUACCACCGCUCUGAUCAUCACGUUAUUUACGUGUUACAGUCUUCUACGAAACCUGGGAAAUGGAAGCUCACACCGCGCUCCGUCAGUCGCCGCCCGCUCACUCGAUGCGCGCGACCUGGAGUGUCGGCUCGUCCACCACGCCAGCGAUAAGUGUGCCUUCGUGAAGAGUAAUUGUCCCGAUGAAGAAGCCGGUCUCAUAUCAUACCUCCAAUUCUACUACUGCCAUCUGCCGCAUGCCCGGCCGCUGGCCUUCAUCAUCUUGGUCGUAUGGGUCUGUCUCUUGUUCAGCACCAUCGGCAUGGUCGCCUCCGACUUCCUCUGCAUCAACCUGAGCACAAUCGCGAGUAUUCUGGGCAUGAGCGAGAGUUUGACCGGAGUCACCUUCCUGGCGUUUGGCAAUGGAAGUCCGGAUGUCUUCUCUACUUUCGCAGCCAUGAGCAGCAACAGUGGGAGUCUGGCCGUCGGCGAAUUGAUGGGUGCUGCAGGUUUCAUCACCGCAGUGGUGGCCGGGAGCAUGGCCUUGGUUGCGCCCUUCCAGGUUGCCAGAAAGAGCUUUGUUCGAGACGUCGGGUUCUUCGUUGUCGCGGCCAGCUUCAGCCUGGUCUUUCUGGCCGACGGAAGUCUGCGAUUCUGGGAAUGUGCGGUCAUGGUCGGCUACUAUGUCUGCUACGUUGUCUUUGUGGUAGUCUGGCAUUGGUGGCUUACGAGGCGACGACGCAUACGGCUUGCCGAGACCACAGCGAGGUUGGGCCACUAUAUCCCAGACUCCCAAGAACUAGAGGUCCCGGAGCUGGAGGAGGACGAGGAGUCCCGUCCGGCGAGCGAAAGGACUGGUCUCCUCCACUCAGCAUCGAACGAGAGCGUCCCGACUCUGCGCAGUCCUGGCACGCCGGCUUGGAGGGUUGAAGAUCUUGACGACGACGACGAAGCUAGAGACCGGUAUCUGGCGGAACUCCAAAGCAAGAUGAGAGUCAGCCGGCCGCCUCGGGGAGAACGGAGGAAUACCAUCACCCCCAUCCGACCAAGCUUGAUCGGUGCCCUCGAGUUUAGGGCACUGAUGACUUCUUUGGGAAAGAAGAGCACCACCGCCCAUUCUAUUGGUCUUCGCAGAUAUUCUUCUGAAAGUGUCGAUCCAGGUCGACCCAACGCACACCCGCAUGCUUCUCAGCCCACACUUGUCGGCCAUUCCGCCAAUGACCUCCUUGACGUUGACCAAGAACCCCAUGGUCAGGGCGUCCGAGGACGGGCGGUUUCUGCGAACGAUGCUGCCAGCCUGAGGAUUGACACCGACUUUCUGUCCGACAUGGCGUCCGAAAGGCACGCGGGAAGUGUCCUGGCCAGCGGCGCAUCUUCGCUGGCACCGCCGGCAAAACACACCAGAGCCAGCGCGAAUAUUCUGCGGACGCUGAAUGAACCUUCGAAUCAAAGGCAAAACCCACCCUCGCCGAAACUUGUCUUGUCCCCGGCAGAAUCCCAACAUCAACUGGACACUCAGCUUGAGCGACCUGAUUCUGUCCGGUCCCCAAGCCUCCUGGCACCACCCACCACCUCGUUCCACCAGCCUGACUAUGAUGAAGAGCAUCAUGACGAAAACCGUAGUCCGCUGUACUCCCCUAGAACGGGGCCGAGUCUACAGGUGCCCAUUCUGCACACGCCACAUCCGGACCACAAACAGAUUCGCUUACACCAAGAAGACUUCCCUCCAUAUACAGAUUCUCCCGUGUCGUCGGGGCCUCCAAGCAUGCACCUACCCGAACCCAGCAUGUCUCCGGAAUCCAUCCACGAUCUGCAAUUGCUCCCUGACGAGGAAGAAGAGCCCAGGCGGCACUUCUCAUGGUGGCCAUACGCACAUCUCCCUGCGCCUCAAGACAUCAUUGCAACCGUUUUCCCCACUCUUCGCGGAUGGCGCGAGAAGUCCUUUACCGACCGGAUGUUAAGCUUGGUCACCGCACCCAGCGUGUUCGUCCUCACCAUCACCCUUCCUGUCGUCGAGCCCAGGGAAGAACGUCCCGAAGACGUGGACCCGGAUCUUCUGUCAGUUGUAGCGGACUACCACGGCGGGAGUCACAACCAUGUUAAUCUACCAUCCGACACUCCCGCCCUCGCUCCAAAACGCAAUCCUUCGGAAGUGGAAGUACUAGGGAGUCCUCAUCCUCACGAAACCAACCUGGCCCGCACCAUGUCCGACUAUCCCAAGGACGACCACACGCCUUCCGGGACUGAUGGGUUCUCAGCCGGGCAAAAGGACUGGAACCGAUGGCUGGUGUUCGUGCAAGUGUUCACGGCGCCGCUGUGCGUCGUGAGCAUCGUCUGGGCCAACAUGGACGAAGAGCACACGAUCAAAGUCUUGAUCCGACUGAUCCUCGGCUCCUUAGUAUUUUCCCUGGUCGCACUCUUGAUCAUUCUGUCAUUGACCAGCGCGGACCGCGAGCCCAAAUACCGCCCGCUCCUCUGUUUCCUGGGGUUCGCGGUGGCGAUCGCGUGGAUCUCGACCAUCGCCAACGAAGUGGUCGGCGUGUUGAAGGCGUUCGGCGUCAUCCUGGGCAUCUCGGACGCCAUUCUGGGCCUGACCAUCUUCGCCGUCGGCAACUCCCUUGGCGAUCUGGUCGCCGACAUCACCGUCGCCAAACUCGGCUACCCCGUCAUGGCCCUCUCGGCCUGUUUCGGCGGGCCCAUGCUCAACAUCUUACUCGGCAUCGGCAUCGGCGGCAUGUACAUGACCGUCCACCAGGCGAGUCACAAACACGCCAAACAUCCCCAUCGGCCCAUCGAGUACCAGCCCUACCAGAUCGAGGUCAGUACCACCCUGAUGAUCUCGGGGAUUACCCUGUUGGUGACUCUCGUCGGGCUGUUGAUCGUCGUGCCGCUGAAUGGCUGGAGAAUGGAUCGGAAGAUCGGAUUGGGCUUGAUCGCCCUGUGGACUUUGUCUACGAUUGGCAAUGUCGUCGUCGAGAUCCUUGGCUAUGGAGGAGACACGGUAUGA